AUGAGCAACCUUUCCAGCAGAGUAAUGAACAUGAAGUUCAUGCUGAAGGAUUCCAAGGAUAAGAGCAAAGAAGAGGAAAAGGUCAAAGUCAAAGAUUCAUCUGAAUGGGUAUUGCCUAAGUCAGCGAUUUUGUUGAAGAGAGCCAAAGCUUCUAAUGUAGUUCAGAAUGUUGGAUAUGCUAGUGUGAACUCAUUUGCCAACGCGAAUUCUAUCAACGACAAUGAAGUACCGAUUCCCACUGCAAGAAAAACAUGGGGUGCACCUACAGUUUCAAAACAACAAAUGGAUGUGCCCAAAAUAGAGCUUACUAGAUUGAAAGAUUCAGUAAAUGUAUGUACAGAAUUAAAGAUUGACUAG